AUGAUUCAGAAGCCCAUGUCGAGCCAGUACAUCGAUGACAUCCACCGAUUUGUUCAGACUGAACUCAUUCAAGUCGUCGAUCUUACAAGCCAGCACUGGGAGUUCAAAAAACUUCCCAGAUACGUCAAAGACAUGCAGAAGACCGGCAAAUGGAACAAGGACCUGUUUAUUGUGAUGGUGAACAAGUUUGUGGUACAGAAGCAGCGCAACACCGCACAAGCGCAAUUUGUUCCCACGCACUUGAGCAACAAGUACGGCUUGCUUGUCUACAACGAGGUGCACAGCUUCCCCUCGCACACUGCCGAAAGCUUUGGACGCGAGUUCAACAUCAAGAGAGCUUUCACGCUCGGGCUUUCGCCAACGCCAAUUCGCAACCUGAUCAACUUCCUCCCGAUCAUGUCAUUCUGCGGAAACCCGCUGGCAGUCAUGGGCGAGGCAAAAGAGGCUAGUCGUCACCUCUUGAACAAGGACCGCCGAAACCCUCUGCUCACCAAGUGGCGAGACGACGUCUUGAAGCCAGCUAGCAAGCGCGAUGAGCAUCUCGCCGACGGCCAAGAGACGUACAACAAGCUUGGCAAGCUGUUGAUACAACAACUCGCAAUUGGCAAAACUCCUUGGGCCUCCGAUCGGAACACAGAGGCGAUGAGUAAGCAUCACCUCGGCAUGCAAAAUCUCUUCAUGCCCCUGAUUGCCAGCACCAAUGAGUCCUCUCGCAAUGUCCAGCAGGUCGCAGAGGCUCAGCAGGUCUACUCGCAAGGCCUGCUUGGCUACUGUUAUGCCCCUGGGGUCUGA